CCUGCAUGGCUGAAACGAGAUUCAUGGGUCGUGUACUGCAAAGGCAAAUUACUAGCAGUAUGUGAUGCCACAAAAGCCUUGGAUGGGGACACUGAAACCUACUGGGAGUUCCUAACUCCCAAUUCUAAGUUAAGCAUCUUGUAUAUCAUAUUUGACCUCACAGUACCACAUACGCUGAGUCACAUCGCAAUAAACAUCUUUGGACACAAAAAAGUUGAUAUCGCAGGCUUCAUGUUGAAAAAGUCACAGGUUGGAAGUCCAUACAAAUGGGAGGAUGUAUUGCCCCAAACUAACGUGCAGAGAGGGACGGACAAGCGCCAGGAGUUCGGUGGUUUCCAGGAAACUGCACGGUACUGGAAAAUUGUGGUCCUACCGGCCCACCUCGGUCGAUCAGCGAUCAGGGAACUGAACCUCUAUGGAUGGCCAUCAGCUCCUAAGAAGAAGUGGCGAGACGACUGGCGUUGCGGCCGACGUUACCCUGCAGAUGACGGUAACCCUGCUGAAUGUGAUCCUGACGGUGUGACCCCAUGCUGCUCCGAUGGAGACUGGUGCGGGGACUCGACUUACCACUGUAACUGCCGCGGCUGUGUCGACUACAGAAAGAAGAGGGGCAUCAAGAAAAAACAUUGCAAGACGAAAUCUUUUCCACAAUUAAAAAGGAAACCGUGUCCAGGAUUUUUUCUAGAACAAACUAAUAUGAGGGAGCGUGGUCAGCGUGGCGAGGGAGCGGGCCGGCCAAGCGGGGGGUUUGGUGUGGGAGGGGGGGUCUCCCCUUUCCGCCGUGGGAACCCUUUGUACUGA